AUCGGUAGAUACUUGUCCAACCCAAGGUACUAUUUCCAAGUGAACGAUGAAUACGUGAAGAACAAGCUGAAACUCAUCCUCUUCCCCUUCCUUUACAAGGGGAAUUGGUUUAGGGCAUGUGAGAAGAAUGUUGCCAAUGGGGAGUUCUGUUACGAGCCUCCAAUUUAUGAUGUCAAUGCUCCUGAUUUGUAUAUACCAUUCAUGGCAUUUGGGACUUACUUGGUCCUUUCCGGCUUCACAUUGGGCAUCAAUGGCAAGUUCAGUCCUGAAGCCAUGGGUUCACAAUUCUGGAACAGCAUUUUCUGCUGGUUAUCGGAAAUCCUCCUCCUCGAAGCCACGAUACACGCUUUAGGAGACGGAGACCUGCCGUUGCUAGAUGUCGUCGCCUACGGUGGCUACGCAUUCGUGACGGUUUCGAUAGCUAUGGCGACGAGGAUCGUCUGGGGCUCCAGCUUUUUCGCGGUGGCUCUUUGGGAGUGCUUUUGUACAGGAGUGUUGCUGGUGAAGAUCAUGAAGAGGGUUCUGAUAGCAGAGAUGAGAAGUUGCGACAAACAUUCAAGCAGGCGUCACUAUAUCCUGCUUCUCGUCGCUAUUGCUCAAUUCCCGUUGCUAUUUUGGCUUUCAAGCGUCGGUGUCUGA